CGAAACGGCUCACUGGGAAAAGGGGAGAAAAAACAGAGCUCAAUAACUUCGAGGAGGAGGAGAGGCGUGGCGGGGGAAGGAAGGGAGGGAGGGAGCUCGUCGUCGUCGUCGGCGGCGGCGGCGGAUGGCGGUGGAGUACCGCUGCUGCGGGGGCCCCUUCUUCGAGCACAUCGCCAUCAUCGUGGUGCUGGUGCUCUUCGCGGGGCUCAUGUCCGGGCUCACCCUCGGCCUCAUGUCCCUCAGCCUCGUCGACCUCGAGGUCCUCGCCAAGUCCGGCACCGACAAGGACCGCAAGUACGCAGCUAAGAUAUUGCCCGUCGUGAAAAACCAGCACCUUCUGCUAUGCACUCUUCUGAUCUGCAACGCUGCAGCUAUGGAGGCACUGCCAAUCUUCCUUGAUAGCCUGGUGACUGCUUGGGGUGCUGUUUUGAUCUCUGUGACACUGAUCCUGCUGUUCGGCGAGAUCAUACCACAAUCUAUCUGCUCACGGUAUGGGCUGGCAAUUGGUGCCUCGGUUGCUCCGUUAGUCCGUGUUCUUGUUUGGAUUUGUUUCCCUGUUGCAUAUCCAAUCGCCAAGCUGCUGGACCAUGUGCUUGGUCACGGUAAAGCGGCACUUUUCCGCAGAGCUGAGCUAAAAACACUUGUGACACUGCAUGGAAAUGAGGCUGGUAAAGGUGGAGAGUUAACCCAUGAUGAAACAACUAUAAUAGCUGGAGCUCUUGAGCUCAGUGAAAAGAAAGCUAAAGAUGCUAUGACACCUCUUUGUGAUACAUUUGUGAUUGAUAUAAAUGCAAAGCUCGACAGGAAACUAAUGCAAGAGGUCAUUGAGAAAGGUCAUAGCAGAGUGCCAGUUUAUUAUGAAAAGGAUACAAACAUUAUUGGAUUGAUAUUGGUGAAGAAUUUAUUAUCCAUUAACCCUGAUGAUGAAAUUCCCAUAAAGAGUGUAACUAUCCGCAAAAUUCCUCGCGUUUCAGAAGACAUGCCCCUGUAUGACAUCCUAAAUGAAUUCCAGAAGGGCCACAGCCACAUGGCGGUUGUCAUAAGGCAAAACAUUCCAAACUACCCAGCUAAGCAGCCCAGCAUCGAUGGUGGAUCUCUUGAGGUCGCCAUCGCCAUUGAUGACAAGCAGGGUGAGAAGGUUGCGAAGAGUCUCACUCCGCUGCGGAGGUGGAAGAGCUACCCCAACACCCAGAACUCCAACACGGGGAGCAGGAGGGGGAAAUGGUCCAAAGACCAGUCGGACGUCCUCCAAGUGCACGAAGAGCCGUUGCCCACGCUGAGCGAGGAUGAAGAAGCCGUCGGCAUCAUAACCAUGGAGGAUGUCAUUGAAGAACUGCUGCAGGAGGAGAUCUACGACGAAACCGACGUACAUGUUGAGGAGCAAUAACACAUUGCUUGCUAGGGUUUACGCACACGGUAAACUUGCCGUUUUGGCUGGAGCCGGAAGCAAAGUUGCGUGCCACGCCAGUUUUUUUUCUUUUUUUGUGCCGAGGGGAAGAAGAAACAAUAUAUGUAUGUAUGAUAACGUAACGUUGUACUGCUACGUGUGAAUAGACAGAGACCGCAAAUAUUAGUUCGUCUGAAGUGUUGA